UCUUCAAAAGGAAAACAAAGGCUGAAAAGUGAGAAUAUGGCGUUGGUUGAAGAACUGAAGAAAAUGAGGGAAACAAUGCAAAAAAUAGAAGAGGAUCAAGAGGCAAAAACAAAAGAAACAAUGGAAAAGAUGAGCAACACAGAGAAAGAAAUGGAGAAACUGAGAAAGGAGAUUGAAGUACUCGAAUCUGAAAAUAAACAGUUGGUUGAGCAGAUUGAAGAAAAUGCAGUUCAUGCGGCUACCCAAGGUUUUGCUUCUAAAGAAAUGUCAUAUGCUGAAGAAGUAGAACAAGAGCAAAACAUUGGGAUUCAAAGUACAUUGAAAGAAUCACCUAUAGUCGUAGAGCCAUUGCAAACAUCCAUGGUCAGGAAAAUCAAAAUCAAGGCGAGGAAGAAAAAAGAGAUGUUUGAUUUUGAAUGUGAGCCAAGAGAGGUAAAGAAAAAAAAGACCACAAAACAAGCAAUUGAAGUGAUGUCAAAAGAAGUGAUUUGUGUUGACAACUUGUCUCUAAGCCAAGCAAAGCCAGUUGAAAGGGUUUUGUUUCCAGAUAAGGCUGCAAUAUGCAAAUUGCUUGAUGAGAAUGAUAAGUGUCUACUGAACAAGAUUUACAAUUUGGAAACCACAGAUGCAAUCAUAUGGUCCGGCACAGGAAAUGGAGUAUAUGUUACAUUGCAUGAUGUGGAUGCAAUUCUGAGAGAUGGUGAUACUGCAAAUAAUGUCAUUGACAGCUUCAUAGAAAUGCUUCAGAUUGAGCAACAAGUCAAGAAGCCAGAAAAGAAUAAAUCAUUCUUUUUCUCAAGCCUUUGUUGGUCUUUAGUGAAAUGGGGUUAUGGGGAGCUGAGAAAUCAUUUAAUUGAUAAAGUCCUUGAACAAGAUUUGAGUGGAUAUAGAUACCUUCAUUUUUGCAUGAAUUCCAAUGGGAACAAAAAGGAAGAAAAACCCUACCACUGGACACUUCUUGUAUUUGACACUGAACUUGAUGAGUGGAGACAUUACAAUUCUUUAAGGCCAAGAGACAACAGAGAAGAUCCUUACCUUAAGGAUGCAAAAAAGAUUGUAAGUGCUUUGCAUCAUAUUAACAGUAAUUUUUUGUUGUGUUUUAUUCUUGAAUUUAAUCGUGACCAAACAAUUAUGCAAUGA